UAUUUGAAGGACACCAUUCUUGCACAGAUCACCAUGGAUCGAGCUUUGAUCUGGCUCUCUCUUGUUAGCUUUUUCCUGGCCUCCGUUACCUCAGAACCCAAGGCAAAGCAACAAAAUGUGGACAUAUACAGCUUCCACAUAAAUUCAACAGUAACCAGUCGCUACGCUAUCACAGUCAUCACCAGUCGUGUGGCAAAUAGCCUCGAUGAAUCUCAGGAAGUUCAUUUCCAGGUGAAGAUACCCAAGAAUGCUUUCAUCAGCAAGUUCAGAAUGACCAUUGAGGGGAAGACAUAUGAUGGGAUUGUUAAACAGAAGGAGGAGGCUCAACAGCAGUACAGUCAGGCAGUGUCUCGAGGUCAAAGUGCUGGACUGGUCAGCUCUGUGGGCAGGACCCUAGAGGAGUUCAAAACCUCAGUGACAGUGGCUGCACUCAGUAAGGUGACAUUUGAACUGACCUAUGAGGAACUGCUUAAGCGUCGUCUGGGCAAAUAUGAGUUACUCAUCAAUGCCCAACCAACACAGCCUGUGGCAGAUUUUAAGAUUGAUGUUUAUAUUCAUGAAAAUCGAGGCAUAUCUUUCCUGGAGGUAAAAGGAGGACUGAGUACUAAUGAGCUGACAAACGCAAUCACAACCACACGUAGUGGCCCAGAGUCUUGGGUGAGAUUCUAUCCCACUCGUGAACAACAGAAACAAUGUGAAGGUUGUGGGGAAAAUGGCUUAAAUGGUGACCUGAUUAUCAUGUAUGAUGUGGAGAGAUCAAAAUCCAAAGGAGAACUCAGGACAUCACAAGGUUAUUUUGUUCAUUACUUUGCUCCCACUGAUGUCCAACGCAUUCCCAAAAAUGUGGUUUUUGUCAUUGAUCGAAGUGGCUCCAUGCAAGGCCGGAAAAUAGCACAGACCCGUUUGGCAAUGUUGACGAUUUUGGGAGAUCUCUCUGAAGAUGACCACUUCGGCAUAAUUAUUUUUAAUGGUCAAGUGGAUUCCUGGAAACCAGAGCUGCUCAAGGCCACACAAAGCAACGUGGAGGAUGCCAAGCAGUUUGUGAGACAGAUCACUGCUAGAGGAUCUACUGAUAUAAAUGCUGCUGUGCUGAAAGGGGUGGAGAUGAUCAAUAGACACCCACAAGAGGACUCUGCCUCCAUCCUAAUCCUUCUUACAGAUGGGGAUCCCACCACAGGUGUGACCAACACUGAUAAAAUUCAGAACAAUGUAAAGAAAGCCAUUCAGGGAAAAUUCCCCUUGUACUGCCUGGGAUUUGGAUUUGAUGUAAAUUUUGAGUUCUUAAAGAAAAUGGCCAUGGAAAAUGACGGUGUGGCACGCAGGAUUUAUGACGACUCAGAUGCAGAUCAGCAACUUCAGGGAUUCUAUGAAGAGGUGGCAACACCACUAUUGACAGAUAUACACAUAAGCUAUACUGGGGCAGCAAAUGUUACACAAACCAAUUUCAGCCAGUAUUACAAUGGAUCGGAGAUUGUGGUGGCUGGACAGCUCACAGACAACAGUUUGGACCUCUUCACCAAUGAGAUCACUGCAACAUCAAAAAGCAAAAGGAUGGAGUAUCAUGACACCAUUGACCCAACCAUUCAUAGUAACUUGCCAGGGUUUGAAGAUUUCAUUGGAAGACUUUGGGCCUACCUUACAGUAAAGCAGCUUUUGGAGAAAGAACUGAUAUUGAAAGGACAGGAGAAAGAAGCAGUGAGAAAAGAAGCCCUGGAUCUCUCUCUAAAAUAUGACUUUGUGACGCCAUUGACCUCUAUGGUAGUCACCAAGCCCCAGGAAGAGGACAUUCAGGUUGCCCACAAACCCAAGGAAACAGGUCUGACAGAAGAAGAGCUAGAAAUAGAACUAUUUCUCUCAGAGAAUACAAGAGGUUUUUAUUUCACUAAGCCUAAGGACCGUAAAGCCCCGGGCCGUAAUGUGCAACCAAGACGUUGGAUCCAAAAUGUUUCACCAACAACCACUGUUCUAAAUGCAAGCCCUGUACGAUUCCUAAUUCAAGCACAGGAUCAGUCUGAACCUCUCUGCUAUGACAUUCCUGCAUCCCAGAGGCUCAGACUCCUACAAGACCCCAGCUCUGAUUUCUCUAUGAAUGGUGAGCUCAUUGAGUCUGGUGGUACUGGUUUCUCACAAAUCACCAUUCAUUACAAAACUGAUCUUCACAUGACACUGCGCACCAGUGAGAUCAUCUUUUCUGAAGGGCAGAAUGCUGUGAAAUUUCUUUGGAAUCAGGAACCCACCAAUCAUGAGACAGACAGUGUGUCACUGAUUCUGAGGAACAAAGAAAUGGAUGUCUCCAUGGGAAACACUCGUGUUGUUAUUCUCCUUCAUGAACAAGAUGGGAAUAGUUUCCUAUGGCCUGCAGUUAGACAGCGCCCAAGUACAACCACCUUACCAGGUCUUUUUGGAACACUCCCUGUUGCAUAUACAACGGUUACACAAUCACGUUCACCAAAACUGAAGAUUCAGGGUCAGGAAGUCAGAGUGUCCAAGAACAGAGCCACAGACUACAGUAUCCACUCAGCACCGAGAGUGGGCUGCUGGUUGGUGCCGUUUCAGGUUGCUAUGCAAGGGGAGCUAUCUGACUUCACUGUGCCCAGUCUAUAGAGGACUGUGAAAUAUUAAUCCAAAUCAUGAUACUGCUUUGUCAAACCAUAUAUUCUGCAAUUUUGUUGAUCUCCAAAGGAAGCAUUGUUAUCAUAUUAAAAAAUGAACAAGUUUAUUUUCCAAAAUAAAAAGUUGUACAAGCUUG